UUCAAAAGAGUACUGAAAGUAUGCAAAAUCAAAAUUAGAGAUAUGAAUAUGAUAAGGUCACCAUGCUUAUUUUCAACAUUAAUUUAAAGGGUGUUGUUCUUUGAGUAACUAGUGUACUACUAUUCUUAUCGUAUAUAUGAUAUAACACCAUACAUGCACCAUAAUCAAUGUAACAAUUCUUUCUUUUAUCUGGUGUGAAUCAGCAUGCUCAAAACACUUGAAAGGUACCAAAAAUGUAGCUAUGGUGCAGUAGAAGUCAACAAACCUGCCAAAGAGCUUGAGCAGAACAGUUACCGUGAGUAUCUAAAACUGAAAGCAAGAUUUGAAUCUCUUCAAAGGACUCAGAGGAACCUUCUUGGUGAAGACUUAGGUCCAUUAGGCACCAAAGAGCUUGAGCAGCUUGAGCGUCAACUUGAUACAUCUCUCAGGCAAGUCAGGUCUACUAAGACUCAAUUCAUGCUGGACCAGUUAGCUGAUCUGCAAAACAAGGAACAGAUUCUGGUGGAAGCAAACAGAUCUUUAACCAUGAAGCUGGAGGAAAUCAAUUCAAGAAACCAGUAUCGGCAACCGUGGGAGGCCGGCGAACAAAGCAUGCAAUAUGGUACACAGAAUGCUCACUCUCAAGGCUUUUUCCAGCCUCUGGAAUGCAAUCCCACAUUGCAGAUAGGUCCUGAUUACAGGUACAACCCUGUAGCUUCAGAUCAGAUAACGGCAACAACUCAGGCUCAACAAGUGAAUGGAUUUGUUCCUGGAUGGAUGCUUUGAGCUAAAGCUCAUCAAAUCAAAAUAUAUUUAGGUGCCUACAUAAAAACAAACACCUUAGGUGUAAAAGACAAAAAUGCCUCUUGGUGUUUCACAAUCAAUGUGUAAAUGCUGGAAUGUGCUUUUGUUUUAUUUUGUUUUGGUAUAAAAAACAGAUGUGGCUGGCUUAAAACUCUGACCAUAGACAUAUGGCAAUGUAAGAAGUCAUAGACUCUUUGAAUGAGAACAUUAUCUGAAUGACCAGUUUGAUUUUCCUUGUUUC